UCCACACAAGAUUCAACCAAAUAAAGGACUUGAAUGACAUCGAGGGUAUUUUCAAAACUCCUAAAAAGCGAAAAACUACCAGGGAAGAGGAAGACACUGUUGAGAAGGGUAUUUUGAAAACAUAUAAAAAGAGAAAAACUACCGGAGAAGAGGGAGACCCUCUUGACAAGGAAAAAGAAAAAGAAGAUGAUGAGGGAAAACCUGAUGAUGCAAUUCAAGACCUCUUGGUGAAGUCCAUGACAGACCAAAUCAACUACCGCCAACAACAAGAUCCUAGCUUCGUUUGCCCGGAAAGAUUACAACUGUGGAAGGAUGAAAAGAAUGAAGACAGUGAGAAGAAAAUGAAGGAAUUGUGGGAUAUAUUUAUCCAAGCAGAAAAGAGAUCAAAGGAGCUGGAAGUGGAGUUGGCAACAUACAUAGAGAAAUUAGAUAAUGAAGAAUGUGUGACUGCCACCAUGACAGUGGAAUCUACAGUUCAGCUUAAUGAAAUACAAAAUCUGAAAAGGAGGAUUGCAGAAUUGGAAGGCAAGGAAACUGGUAUUGACAUGGAGAAGAUUGCCAAGAAAAAGGAGAUUCAAGAAAAGUACAAGGCAGAAAUUGAAAGCUUGUUGUCAGACCCAACAAUCUUUGAAAUGGAGAUGGAUCUGCCUACAAAACAACCAACACAACCAGUUGAAGAGAAAGAAGAAGAAAAGCAACAAGAAGAGAGAGAAGAAGAGAAGAAGCAAGAUGCUCCAGCACCUGAUGUUCCUUCAAGAGUACAAAGGGUGAAGAACAGAGAAAGAAAGAGGCUUCAAGCAUCUUGCUAUGUGUACGAAAAAAAUAAGAAAACAAAAAAGGAGGCAAAAAAGGAUGAUGAAGAACUACCACAAUUCAAGCUUAUCUCUUCCGAGGAGGUAUGCAAUUACUGCAGUUCAAGCUGCUGCUUUUUUCUAUUUUCUGCAUUGCAGAAACAGAAACUGCAAUGCAGUUUCCGUUUCCUGCAAUGCAGUGUGUUAUCUGCUUUACAGAAAUGGAAACUGCAUUGCAGUUUCUGUUUUAUCGAAUGAAGUUUCUAAUUAGUUUCCUUUCAAUCUGCAGUUAACACAAGAGGCAUCUCAGCCCGAUGCCACAAAUCCAAUUCCUGACCCCCCUAAAGGAACGAGCCUUCAUGAUUCAAUACCUGUGGAUCUACAACAAUCAAGUGAUGA